AUGCAACAACCAAGCUCUGAUUAUUCUCCAGAUCUGGUCAAAGAAACCUGCGCCAGCGUGGAACCUCUAGACAGGGAAGCUGAUCUCCCUAAGGAAAAUGCUGAAGAUGCCUUCAGUUCCUCUGACAUGCAGACAGUGGCAGUUUGUAUGGACAGCCCCGUGCCUCCAGGGGACUGCGUCCUCGGAGGAGGUUGCACGGACUCUUCACUGCUGAGGCUCCCUGCAGAGGAGUGCGUUGGGAUCCACCACGCGCCUUUCCACUUCGACCGCCAUGCCCGGGCCAGAAUUGCCACUUCCCCAACGCUAAGGCGUCUGAGGAUGGCCUCAGCCUCACAAGCACUGCCACUUCCACACUGCUCUGACACAGCCCAGCUGGGGAAUCAAAAGGAAUACGCUGGCUCUCUCCACCACAUCUGUAAGAGUCCACCUCGGUGCAUUACGAUCUCUUCAUUGUCGCUGCCCUCUUGUGUCCAUGCAAAAUUCUUGUCAUCCAAAGCCAAGCCUGAGGGAACUAUAGCAGUCCCAGGGUCUGACCCACCCAGGUCAAAGCUUCCAAGCCAAGAGGAUCCUCUCAGCGAUGGCAGUCCCAACGAGCCACCCAGAAACUCCUGGAGAGCCAACUCUGCUACGCUUCCCACGAGACUCCCCCGCCCGAGCCCUACACUUUGGGCAGGUGUCCAGGAGAGUGGACUGCCCAUGCAAAGAUCAGCCGAGCGCAGGCGAAGCUCCCUGGUGGUGAGUCUGCCGGGACUCGAGGUGUUCCCUGGAGACCUGCUGGUGCCAGACAGUGCCAUGGACUACCUGCCCUGCUCCUCCUUCCUGCUCAGUGCAGGUCAGACCCAGCGGGGGCUCUGCUCCCCUGAGCCCAGCAGAAGCCGGGCUGGAACAUGGAUGUGGCCUGGGAGGGAGGGAGGGAGGGAGGAUGUGCACAACGAGAGCAGUAAAUCUUGGCAUGAAUUUAUAAAUGAGCAACACAGGGAGCAGAAAGGUGCCAACAGUAGGUUAGAAGUGGAAAAAGAAGCAGCAGUAUGGGAACUUUUCACUAGUGAAUGCACUUACUUUCUGGAUCAUUUGCUGGUUCUCAAGAAGAUAUUUAUGAACACUCUAAAAUACCUCCAGAAUAAUGAAUUUCUCUUGGAUGUGGAUUUGUGGAGACUUUUUGCAAACUUAGAGGAGUUAAACAAGAUAAGUCUCAGUUUUCUGAAAACAUUUUUUGAAACGGUGAAGAAGCAUAUCAGCAAGUCAGACUCUCCUAUGGAUUUCAGCUCUGUACUCAGAAUGUUUUUCCAGGGUGACCUCUGUCAGACACACCAGAUUUAUUGCCUUAAUUAUACCUCUGCUCUCUUCUACUUGGAAAAACUGAGACAGAGAGAAGAUUUUGGCAUCUAUCUGAAGUGGUGUGAGCAAAAUGAACAGUGCAAGAGGUUGCAUCUGCCAGAGCUGCUGGUAGCUCCUCUGCAUCGACUGACGCGGUAUCCCCUCCUCCUCAACAACAUCUGGAAGAGGAGCACAGAUGAAACAGAGAAAAGUUUUAUCCGGUCACUUAAAGAGAAGGUGGAAAAGUCUAUAAGGGAUCUGGAAGGUAAAGUCAAGUGGUUGGACAACUUUCAGAAGUUCAGGCAGCUGCAAGAGGUUAUAAUUUGGCCUCAGGUCUGGGAUCGUGACAAAAGGUUCUUUGUCCCAGAGUGUUUGAAGCAAAACUUAAGAGAAAACAGCAGUGAAAACAUUUUGUGUUCGGUGAACAGACUUCUCCUUCAUGAAGGGAGGCUGAUGCUAGCAGAAAGCACAAGACUCCUUGACGUCUACCUCUUUCUAUUUGAUGAUUUCCUACUAAUUACCAAAAUUAAACGUAACAAAAAGAAAUAUGGAGGCUCAGACACCAGCUUAAUCCCUGUCUGUCCUUCCCUCACUCCUGAGCUGCAGUCCUUCAUAAGAGAGGGGGGAUUUUGCACAGUCCUAGACCAGCCCAUCCCACUAGACAGACUCAUACUGAAAAAUGUUGAGCCCAUCCAAGUUACAGUCUUCAGCCUGAGGAACGCUUUUCUAAUUCAGCAUGAGAACAGGUAUCGGCAGUGCAUAGCAGUCUUCUUGCUACAAGCUCAGACAGAGACUGCCAAGAAAGCAUGGAUGUCACAGAUAGAAACAGCAAUCUCUAAUUACACCACACAACAUGAAACCAAGAAAAGCAGUGCUUUCUGCUUCCCUGUUGAAUCCUCUGAAAUUUGAUAAUGUCAGCACUGCCCUGACAGAGCCAGACUAUUGUGGUGAUAAUAUAGUUAUUUCUUUCAGAAUGCCUUAGGUCUCUGAAUUUCUGGCUUGACAAAAGUAUGGUGCAUAGACCACACCAUGUGGGAAUAAACUGGAGGAGGGGAAUGAGCCAUGCAACAAAUAUAUCGCUCCUAAAUGCUCCUCUGCUUCACCUAGGGAAGGCUCUUGACAUCCAGGGAAGUUUUAAUAGAACUUGUCUUUUCCUAGAAAGUAUGACAGGGAAAAAAACCCCUGUGUU